GGCAAGGAACAAUUGGAAUUGGCAAUGGAACAGCUGUGCUAUGUGGCGCUCAGCUGCCUGUUGGUAAUUGUCCUGCUCUAUGGCCUGCUGGAGCUGCACUAUUUCCUGCGCAUGUGCCUCUGUGUGCUGUUGGCGCGCUUCAUCAAGCGACGCUGCCACAUCCUGGAAGCCACCACAGUCAAUGGUGUUUGCUUGAGCAACGAUGUGGACACAUUGCUAUAUCAUAUGAAUAAUGCUCGAUAUUUUCGUGAACUGGAUUUUGCACGCGUCGAUUUCUAUGAGCGCACCAAGCUGUAUCGCACCAUCAGCCGGCUGGGUGGCUCUGUGUUUCAGGGUGCUGCCACAAUACGCUAUCGCCGCUUCAUUCGGCCCUUUCAUCGCUUCAAGAUCAUCUCGAGGAUCAUCUAUUGGGACGAGCAAUCGCUGUUUAUGGAGCAUCGUUUUGUGCGACCCUCGGAUCAGUUUGUCCAUUGCAUUGUCAUCUGUCGCCAGCGCGUCAUCGAUGUCUCCAUGGACAGCGUGAUGGCCGAGCUGUUGCCCAAGCAGACGGCAACAACGCCGCUGCAGGCAUCGAGGCAUACGUUAAGCUCCACGGCCAGUCUGCAGCCGGUUGGCAUUGGAACGACGACGGCGAUGGCGGCGGCGACGAUGACAACAUUGGAUGCUGUCGCACAGGCCGAGAAUGGUCAUGUGGCAAGCACAACAACAACAACAGCAACAACAACAGCAACAACAACAGCAACGACAACAACAACAACAGCAUCAGCUGCAACAUUAGCAAUGCCGGCAAAGUUAAAGCCACCGUUGCCGCCGGAACUGUGCAAAUGGAUCGAAUAUAAUGAUAUGUCCAGCAAGAAUCUGCGAAGCGGCUGCUGACCGACCACAGUCUAAUAUACAGUGUCUCGCAGCUUAUUUCGGCAGUGUCUAGCAAAAAUUUUAAAGUGCUAUAAAGUUUAAACAAAGAAACAAACGCAAAAUGUUUAAAUGUCAAUUUGUUUUAUGUUAUAUCACGUUUGAAAAGGAAACUUCAGUUUUCAUUAAAAUAUUAAUUAAUUAACUAAAAUUAGUCAAAAACUGAAAACUUAUCCAAAAUACAGGUCAAAGCUUAUUUCAACAGUCUAGAGAAAAGUAACAUAUUUGGCGUAUAAAAACUUAA